GUGACGUAACGGCCAGUCCAUAGAGAAAACAUUUAGGUCGAUAAGCCAGUCCAUCUUUUCACUUGUACGUCUUUGGUCAAGUUGAAUGUGAUGUGACUUCUUAUUUUCUGUGAUAACUUUUUUGAAUACGUUAGGUUAGGCUAGUAAUUCCCUCUCAAAUUUUCUACUGUCACUGCCAAACAAUCGCACAGUUUGAUCGAUACAGUUAUAACAUUACCAAAAAAUAUGGAAUCUCUCAACCCAGAAGAAGUUCUGAAAUUUCUUGACCUCGUUACUAACCUUAAACAUUUCAGCAGGAGAGGAUGGGCUGUGUGUGAAAUAAAAAACCAUGAACAAAUAGCUGGACACAUGUAUGCCAUGGGAAUAAUGACGUUUUUAUUAGGAGAUGAUUCUAAGCUGGAUCGAUUCAAGUGCUUGCAACUGGCGCUAGUUCACGACCUAGCAGAGUGCAUCGUAGGCGAUAUCACACCCCAUGACAACAUUUCCGAAGAUACAAAACAUGCCAUGGAAGAUGAAGCGAUGAAAGAAUUGACCACUCAUGUGGGAUCGAAAAUUGGUUCUCUGAUUUAUAACCUGUACAAGGAGUAUGAGGCAAAGGAAACACCAGAAGCUAAAUUCGUCAAGGAUCUAGACAGAUUUGACCUGUUAUUUACAGCGGCGCAUUACGAGAAGCGAGAUGACACUCCAAAGAAGUUGCAGGAGUUUUUUGAUUCUACAGAGGGUAAAUUUCAGCAUCCUUUUAUACAGGAGUUAGUCAAGACGCUGGAACAAAGAAGGUCCAGUCAUAUGGUGAAUAAUUCAUUGAUUUCCAAAGAUUCAGCCUAAGCCCAAGUUUUAUAUUUAUUUCAUGUCUGUGUUGGUUGAUAAUAAUUUAUUUUUGCAAACCCUGCUCUUUUAAAGUAUUAUUUCAUGAAUAAUAUGAUCAUUAUUUUAUUGUAAUAGAAAUUUAUUUUUUGUUAUUGGAAUAAAAGUUUUUUUUC